AUGUCUACUUUUCACUACGCCGAGGAACUCAAAGACAUGGAGAUUCGUCUCCUUCGACUUCACCCUGGCGAGUGGGUGGGAGACCUAGAGGCAACGCUGUACGUGGCUGACCGAUCUCGGCAAUAUACUGCCCUAUCCUAUGCCUGGGGCAGCACCAAGACUUCAAAUCAGAUCAUCGUCAACGGCAAGAUUCACAACAUCACUUUCAAUCUCGACAGAGCCUUGCGCGCGAUACGUCGGCGGACAGAACCCAUCGUUCUCUGGGUGGAUUCGAUCUGCAUCAAUCAGUAUGCUGCUGUUGAAAAGAGCCAUCAGGUUGGGUUGAUGCACGAUAUUUUCGGCUGGGCUACAGAGGUGGUCGCCUACCUUGGCGACGGAUUGGAUCGCAGCCGGAAGGACUAUCCACAUCGGUUUGAAAAGCUUGGUCAACAUCCCCCGGUUCAUUUUGCCGGAUCCCGCAGAGACGAAUCUGUAGCCUAUCAGUACCUCGCUGAUCUUUGGAAGAAGUCUCCUGGAUCAAUAUCCGAGAAUGACGAGAUCGUUUCUCUCUUCAGCUUCUUCAUAGCGUUUAGCUUUGAAAGCAUGAACGAUAGCUUGGUUGACGAGCAUUUCGCUUCGCUAACGACGGACAAUUCGACCAAGGACCAGAGAACUCAGCUGAUGGCCGAGAGGAUUCGACUCUUCGCUAUCAGUGAUUGGUGGAACCGCAUGUGGAUUGUACAGGAAGCAUGCGUCGCCAAGAACCUUACUAUUGCGUACGGACGUGUCACAAUGCCAUUCACGUUCAUUGUCGAUGCAACUGAGAACUUUUUGCAGUUAUCUUCGUUACGAUCUAAGGAGUUAAACCAAGUCAUGGCCUACCUAGCAGAAAAAGUAUACGCCAUCGACACAAUGCGUUUCCGCGGAACCUUCGGGGACAUGGCACAUCUCACGACAACAAGCCCACUACUGUGGUUACUGAGAAGAUUCCACACCAGAAAAUCGUCUGAGCCUCGAGACAAAGUCUUUGCUCUUCUUCGACUUGCACAAGACUUGAAGAAAGAGCGAGUUUUCCAAAACAGCGACGUUCACAUCAAGGCCGACUACGAUAUCCAUAUCAGCGAUCUAUUCAGUUCAGUAGCGUAUGAGAUUAUCUUACAAACCGGUCUCAUUUGGAUGACGACGUUCGACUUGCUUGCGAAAUCUCGUACGGACAUUCCUUCAUGGGUUCCUGACUGGUCUUCCGAGAAUAUAGCGCCAGGUUUUGAUCAACGUCGCUUCCGUCUUCAGGGAGAAAUCCCACUGCACUUUAACGCCAGCCGUGCCAUGUUCAAACAACGCCCCGUUGAUCUACCCACGUGCAAUGGUGCAACCAUAUCGAGCGUCUGGUAG